UAGAUUUUUGAAGAGACCGACGGCUAUGCCUCUAUUAGAGUACCGGAACGGUCAUCUUUUCAGAAAUCAGAAAUAAGAGUUCUGAACUUCUCUCUCCAAUGGCGGAAUCAACUUCAGGGAUUCGAAUUCUUCUUCACCAACACCAACAAGACCGAGUUCCUACUCCCAUAUCUUGCCACGCCGAGAGAGACCGAGUCCUCGAAAUAUUCAGAAGUGCUAUAUUGAAAUCUGGGCCACCUGCAGAUUUUGCACUUGAGACAGUGCAAGAGGCUAUAAAACCUCAGAGGCAAACUGUUUUAGUCCAAGAUGAGAAUCAGUCAUUGGAGAACGCCCUUCGAACAUUGCUUCAAGAAUUGGUGUCAUCAGCAGUUCAGUCUGGAGAAGAGAUCAUGCAGUUUGGGCAGUCUAUUGAUGACGAGGAAAGUACCCAGGGCCAAAUACCACGUCUUCUUGAUAUUGUGCUCUAUCUUUGUGAAAAAGGACACGUUGAAGGUGGUAUGAUAUUCCAGUUGUUGGAAGAUUUGACAGAAAUGUCUACUAUGAGAGACUGCAAAGAAGUCUUCGGUUAUAUAGAAAGUAAACAAGAUAUAUUGGGGAAGCAAGAACUUUUUGGACGAGGAAAGCUUGUGAUGUUGAGGACAUGCAAUCAGCUUCUUCGCCGUCUGUCAAAGGCAAAUGAUGUGGUUUUUUGUGGACGAAUUCUUAUGUUUUUGGCACAUUUCUUCCCACUGUCAGAACGUUCAGCUGUCAAUAUAAAGGGAGUUUUCAAUACUUCCAACGAAACAAAAUAUGAAAAGGAUGCUCCUAAGGGUGUUUCUAUUGAUUUCAACUUCUACAAGACAUUCUGGAGUUUGCAGGAGCAUUUCUGCAACCCUGCCUCCUCAAUGGUAGCUCCUGUAAAGUGGCAUAAAUUUUCAGCAAAUUUAACGGUUGUCUUGGAUACUUUUGAUGCGCAACCACUGACUGACGAUGAUGGAAAUGCAAACAAUCUUGAUGAAGAAGAUGCAGCAGCUUUCAGCAUAAAGUAUCUGACAAGCAGUAAAUUGAUGGGGUUAGAGCUGAAAGAUCCAAGUUUUCGUCGCCAUGUUCUCGUUCAGUGCCUUAUACUAUUUGAUUACCUGAAGGCCCCUGGUAAGAAUGAUAAAGAUGGGCCUUCUGAAAGCAUGAAAGAGGAAAUUAGGUCUUGCGAGGAGCGUGUAAAGAAGCUUCUUGAAAUGAUUCCACCUAAAGGAAAGGGAUUUCUUCGGAAUAUUGAGCGUAUAUUGGAGCGAGAGAAGAAUUGGGUUUGGUGGAAACGUGAUGGUUGUCCACCAUUUGAAAAGCCACCUACAGAGAUAAAACCCGGCCAAGUUAAAAAACGGAGAAAGAUAUUAAUGGGAAAUAAAGAACUCCAUCAGCUGUGGAUGUGGGCAGAUAAAAAUCCUAAUGCUCUGGAUGAUCCUAAUCGUAUAAAAACCCCUUCUAUCAUGGAGUACUGGAAACCCUUGGCCGAGGAUAUGGAUCCAAAGGCUGGAAUAGAAGCUGAAUAUCACCAUAAAAAUAACCGGGUUUAUUGCUGGAAAGGACUUCGAUUUUCAGCUCGACAAGACUUGGAAGGCUUUUCUCGGUUUAAUGACUUCGGCAUAGAAGGAGUUGUACCUCCAGACCUUUUACCUUUAGAAAUGCGUUCAAAGUAUCAAAGUAAGCCCGCCGAGAGGUCUAAACGAGCUAAAAAGGAAGAAGCUAAAGAUACUACACCACCACAGGAGGACAGUCAGUUCACAAACCCUGCAGCAGAGAUGGAUGGUGGUGGAAUUGGUGGUGAACUUGAGGACUCUGGUGUACCAAUGGAUGCUGAUGCUGUUGGUGCCUCCCAAAGUGGUGCACAGACUCCUGAAGAUAAUUCCAAGCAAAGUCCUGCAGAAUUAGGUCAGGAAGCAGGCCAAUCUGAAGCAGAAGUUGAAAUGGAUGGUGAUGGGGAGACUGAUACAGAGGCGGAAUAGGGUGCAGCUACUGAGAACUCAAAGAUACGCACAAGUUUAUGUCCUUUCCCCUACGAACUGAGAGAUGAAAUUCAAGUAGCAACCACCAUAACAAGAAGAAGAACAAGAAAGCACUGUUGACUUCUCAUAGGAGGAUCAGAAACCAAACAUGCAUAGCUAUAACCUACUGAUCAAGUGGAACUAGUUCCAAGUCUUAUGGGUGCAUCUGCAUCAUAACUAUGGUCACUGAUUGGGGUGGGAAGGGGGUAGAAAAUGAGUUUUUCAUGCUAUGUAUUAUAUAAUGGUGAUUCAGGUUAUCACCAUAAAUAUUGAGACCAUGUCAAUUGUGCGUUCAUUAGAAAUUGUAGGUGUAAAUUUGUGUUCAUUAGAAAAACAAAACUAAGAUGACAGCCGCAAAUAGGCUGCUGACCCAAAAAAAUAUACAAACGCCCUUUUACUAAGAGAACCUGUAGUAAUUUCUAUCACUA